CCAGGCCAGCAGCCAUGCCUUUCGGGCUGAAACUGCGACGAACCAGACGCUACAAUGUCUUGAGCAAGAACUGCUUUGUGACCAGGAUCCGUCUGCUGGACAAUAAUGUGAUCGAGUGUACCCUCUCUGUGGAGAGCACAGGGCAGGAGUGCUUAGAGGCUGUUGCUCAGAGGCUGGAAUUGCGUGAGACUCACUACUUCGGCCUCUGGUUUCUGAGCAAGAACCAGCAGUCCCGCUGGGUUGAACUGGAAAAGCCUCUGAAGAAGCAGCUGGACAAAUUUGCCAAUGAGCCUUUGCUUUUCUUUGGGGUGAUGUUCUAUGUGCCCAGUGUUUCCCGACUGCAGCAGGAGGUAACAAGAUACCAGUAUUACCUGCAAGUGAAGAAGGAUGUUCUUGAUGGCCGGUUACUUUCUUCGCUGGAGCAGGGAAUUCGACUAGCUGGUUUGGCAGUGCAAGCGGGUUUUGGAGACUAUAAUCAGUUUGAAUCUCAUGACUUCCUCCGAGAGUAUGUCUUGUUUCCUAUGGACUGGACCCAAGAUGAAGCUGUCUUGGAGGAACUGACUCAAAAGGUUGCUCAGGAGCACCGAACUCACAGCGGCAUUACAGCAGCAGAGGCUGAGCUAAUGUACAUCAAUGAAGUGGAACGCCUUGAUGGGUUUGGACAGGAAAUUUUCCCUGUGAAGGAUAAUCAUGGAAAUGACAUACACCUCGGUAUUUUCUUCAUGGGAAUCUUCAUAAAAAACAGAAUUGGAAGGACAACUGUGAUUUAUAGGUGGAAUGACAUUGGGAAUAUAGCACAUAACAAGUCUUCAAUUGUUCUGGAGUUGAUCAACAAAGAAGAGAAUGUACUCUUUCACACUGAUGAUCUUGAAAAUGCCAAAUACAUUUCACGUCUGUUUUCAGCAAGACACAAGUUUUACAAGCAGAACAAAAUCUGCACCGAACAAUCAAGUUCUCCUCCCCCUAUCCGACGGCGACCCACUUGGAGUAGAUCAUCCUUGCCAAGGCAACAUCCAUUUAUACUGCCUCCUAUGCAUGUCCAGUGUGGAGAACACUACACUGAAACACAUAACUCACAAGAUAGCAUUUUCCAUGGAAAUGAAGAAACUUUCUACUGUAGGUCUCAGACCAGUUUGGAUAGGUGUCCAGUGGACUUUAGCUACUUGAAUGGUAAUGGACCUAAUGGGAGUGUAUGCAGUGCCCACAGCAUGAACUCCCUCAAUCGCUCACAGAACUUCAUCCAGGCAUCUCCAAUGUCCUCAAAUCUGAGCAUCCCUGGAAGUGACAUCAUGAGAGCAGACUAUAUUCCCAGCCACAGACACAGUGCAAUCAUAGUACCGUCUUAUCGUCCGACUCCAGAUUAUGAAACUGUGAUGAGGCAAAUGAAGAGAGGGGUGAUCGAGGUGGACAGCCAAAGUCAGUCUUUGAGGAAUCUCAAUAUUGGAAACACACAUGUUUAUAACCAGCCAGAAGACCUAGUUUACAGUCAGCCUGAGAUCCGCGAGAGACAUCCUUACACGAUUACCUACAGGCCUCAGGGUAGUGGCUAUAAUAAGCCUGUCGCCCCAGCUGACCAAGUGAACCCAAAUAACGCCGGGCAAAAUAAGACAGCAGCCAGUGCCAUAUCCCACACUGUCAGCACGCCAGAGCUGGCUAACAUGCAGCUGCAGAACAACCAGAGUUACAACACCACUCACAUGUUAAAGAACUAUCUCUUCAGACCUCCACCGCCCUACCCACGCCCACGUCCUGCCACCAGCACACCGGACCUGGCAAGUCACCGACACAGGUAUGUCAGUGGGAGCAGUCCUGACUUGGUCACUCGCAAAGUCCAGCUCUCAGUAAAGACCUUCCAGGAGGACAGCUCCCCAGUUGUCUGUCAGUCGCUGCAGGAGGUCAGUGAGCCGCUCAUGGCCGUGAAGCACCAUGCAGCUGUGAACAAGCGGCACAGUUUGGAGGUGAUCAGCAAUAUGGUACGUGACAUAGAAGCCAUGGCAUUGAAAACUUUAAAUGCUCCCCUGCCGCGCAGGAACACCUUGCGGGAGCAGGUGCAGCCAGAGGAGUCAGUUCAGAUGGGACAUGAAGUUCAGCAAGUUCCUCAUUAUCAUCACAGAAAGACAUUCUCUGAUGCCACAAUGCUGAUCCACAGCAGUGAAAGCGAAGAGGAAGAGGAAGCCCCAGGAUCCGUCUCACGGAUAACCUCCCUCCAUGAGGACAUGGAGUACAGUGCACAGCUGCAGGCUGCCUUGGCUAGAAUACCAAAUAAACCUCCUCCGGAGUACCCAGGGCCUCGUAAAAGUGUCAGCAACGGUGCCCUGAGGCAGGACCGUGUUAGCAUUUCUGUGGCUGUAGCCAGGGCUAAGGCCAUGAGGCCAGGGCCUUCCAAAGCCAUUAGUGUCUCUCGAACUGAUCAAAUGGCAAUAAAUGGGUCUUCACUUGGGCCAUCUAUCUCAGAGCCUGACCUCACCAGUGUGAAGGAGCGGGUCAAGAAAGAACCUGUCAAGGAAAGGCCUGUGUCUGAAAUGUUUUCUAUUGAGGACAGCAUUAUAGAAAGAGAAAUCAUGAUGAGGAAUCUAGAAAAGCAGAAGAUGGCAGGCCUGGAGGCCCAGAAGAGGCCCUUGAUGUUGGCAGCACUGAACGGACUCUCAGUUGCUAGGGUUCCAGUGCCUGAGGACAGCCAGGAUGAAGUCACCAAGGUGCCAAUGGAUGAGAGGUGCAAGAUCUUGAAGAGGAAGUUGGAAGAAGGGAUGGUGUUUACAGAAUACGAGCAAAUUCCAAAGAAAAAGGCAGAUGGGGUCUUCACCACUGCUGCCCUGCCUGAGAACACGGAGCGCAAUCGCAUUAGGGAGGUUGUUCCUUACGAGGAGAACCGAGUAGAGCUGGUGCCGACCAAAGAAAACAAUACAGGCUACAUCAAUGCUUCACACGUAAAGGUUACGGUAGGUGGAGAGGAGUGGCACUACAUUGCUACCCAAGGGCCUCUGCCACACACAUGCCAUGACUUCUGGCAGAUGGUCUGGGAACAAGGGGUGAAUGUUAUAGCCAUGGUCACAGCUGAAGAGGAGGGAGGAAGAAGUAAGAGUCAUCGUUACUGGCCUAAACUGGGCUCUAAGCACAGCUCAGCUACUUACGGGAAGUUCAAGGUGACCAAUAAGUUCCGCACUGACUCUGGCUGCUACGCGACUACUGGUCUGAAGGUCAAGCAUCUGCUAUCUGGACAAGAGCGGACAGUGUGGCAUUUGCAGUAUACUGACUGGCCAGACCAUGGCUGUCCAGAAGAGGUCCAAGGCUUUUUAUCUUACUUGGAGGAGAUUCAGUCAGUGCGUCGCCAUACCAACAGUGUGUUGGACAGCAGCAACAGCUGCAACCCUCCCAUCGUGGUUCACUGCAGCGCAGGGGUAGGAAGGACUGGAGUGGUUAUCCUGACAGAACUGAUGAUUGGGUGCUUGGAGCAUAAUGAGAAAGUGGAUGUUCCUGUGAUGCUGAGACACCUGCGGGAGCAGAGAAUGUUUAUGAUACAGACCAUAGCCCAGUACAAGUUUGUCUAUCAAGUGCUCAUCCAGUUCCUGCAGAACUCCAGACUUAUUUAACCUUUUCUAACAUCCCAGACCCAGCUUUGUGGAUCUGACUGAACCUUACUCAUGAACAAGGUGAAAAUACCUUAACAACACUAUGUGCAUAUCUUGCACUUUUUAAAGUUGUCCUGAAAGUAAGGAGUGAUUGUUCUUUACUAGAAUCUCCAGUGGAUUAUUUUAUACAUGACAUAAUUUAUUUUUUUCUUUGAACAACUUGUGAAUUACUUUAAUAACUUGUAAAAUUUACAGUGAUCUUCAAGCUGAACCACAUUUGACGUGACUGGUCUGCAUUGUAACGUGUCCGUAAGGAAAGCAAUCCUUUGUAGAGGUAGUGUACUGGACUUUUAUUUUGUCACACAGCUUCUGAAAUGAAGAGUCAUUUGGCAGUAGGCUUUUUCUCAUGUAAGAACGUUUUGGACCCAGAUAUGUGGCUUCCGUGGUAAAAACAAGACCUGCUAGGCGUCAGCUACAGUUCUGUACAGGUGGAAGCUGAGGGAACACAGUCCUGGAUGAAGGAGACCCGAGUCUCUGUACGUGCAGAGACUGGUCAUGUACCAGAGGGCUCAAACACAGGAUGUUGUGAGAGCAGAGAGUUUUGGGUGCUAAGCUGCUCAAAUUCGACAAGAAUUAUGGUUUUAUAUUUGUCCUUGGAAAAAAAGCAAUAUAUCCACCUUUUAAAUGA